UCACGGUCUAACAAGUGGGCAGCCUGGGACUCUCCCCUCAGAAAUGUAGCGCGAGACAGACCGCAGACUAAAGCGGACAGCUAUGAGGGCAGCAGGGAAGUGUCAGAUGAAAUUUUUCAGGGGACCGGGGACUUCUGCACAGUGUGGGCUCUCUUGACAAAGUGGAUUUUAUGGAAACAGUUUUUACAUUGAGAUUGGAACAAAGGCAGUGCCAACAUGAAUCCCAGAGCCCCGGCUCCCAAGACCCGAGGGGAUAACUAUUUGAGCAUAAAGGACUCUGAAUCCCUUGACACCUACAUUCAGAACACACUCUCUGCUCUGUAUCCCCCCUUUGAGGCGACAGCUGCCACUGUCCUGUGGCAGCUUUUCACUAUUGUUGAAAAACUGUAUGGAGGAGAUGGGCUGCGUUGUCUGAUUGAUUUCCUUGUCCCUGCCAAGAGGAUCUUACAGUGCAUUCAGCAAGAAACCUGCGCGAGGUACACGGGCCUCAUUUUCUACCAUGAAGGCUGGCCCCUGUGCAUCCAUGAAAAGGUGGUGGUACAGCUAGCGUCCCUCCAUAAAGUGAGGCUCAAACCAGGAGAUUUCUAUCUGCAAGUAGUCGCAGGGGGGAAACAGUCUGCCAAACUGGUUCUGAAAUGCCUCGCCCAACAUGGACAAGGAAUGGAAGAAGUCACCGUACCUGAAGCCAUGUAUGGAUGCAUCUUCACGGCAGAGUUCUUAGAAAAUGUGAACUGUGAGAGGACCAGCUUCCCCUUGCAAAGCUGCUUGCUGACCACAGGCACGGUGGUCUAUCGCACUCCAUGGAGCAAUAUUAUGAACCCCAUCUUUGUCCCUACGUCUGAAACCAUCCUCCAUAAUUAUUCUGGCAGCCCAGGGCUGAACCCACUGAGUCGCCACAAUCUAGAUUCCCGGUCACCCACGCAAACCAUGGAGAGCGACCGUUCUCGGGGCAGCUCUACUUCCAAUGACACUGGCUGCACGGUCCUGGAGGCCUCGCUGUCCUGCAGCCGCGGAAGCUCAGGGAGUGACCUGUCCAGCCCCCUCCAUUCCCCCGAAUGUAGAACUGAAUUAGAAAGCCCCAGAACCCCCACUGGAGAUUGUGAAGGAGAAUAUGUAAACCUGGCUGUGUUUGCUCAUGAGUGUCCUGGCUUAGAGAGGGGCCUUUCAGAAGCCCCUGAGAUGUGUGAGGAGACAGACAGAGUACUUCAUGUUGAGGAGUUAUCUGACACAGUGGAGGAGAAGAAGACCGGCCUAAGAAAUAUUACUUUCAGCACAGACUUGAGCAGUCCCUGUGCUCGCCGUCGGCAGCUAAGGGAUUCCACCUAUUUUGAGACCAGACGUCUAUUUCGAAAAUCAUACAUGGAAGCCUUACAAAACCCCAUGCACCUUGGCUCCAGCUCAGAGGAAUCAAUAACGGAGGAGGUCUCGGACCAAAUCAUUCAUUCCCCUAAAGUGAAUGAUGAGCGAACAGCGGAUGUCAGGGCAGCUGCUAAACCAGCUCAGAGGGAAAGUUAUCUUUCCGAGAGACUUCUCCCUAAGGAAGAACUAAGGGGAAACAUGAGUCCUAAGCCAUGCUCCCAGCCAUCGGAAAAGCAGCUUGGACCUGCUGGAUCUUCUUUAGUAUCUGGAAAAAGAGUUGUUCCCAGAAGGUCUCAGUCCUUGGAUCGAUCCCACAAAAAUUCCCAGGAUAAAGGCCAUGACCCCCGUAGGGCCUCAGAUGAUUCAUCAAAUGUAAAUUCUAAAAAACUCUUAAAUGGACAAGCAUCAAGCCCUGAAAAACUGGACCCCAACAACCACUUCUGCGUCACUGUUAAAAGUCACAAAUGCACCAAAGAGGAUGAAGAUGUUCUCCAGAGUACAACCAUAACAGAUGCAAAUAACAGCUUCCAAAGUCAUGAGUCCAACACAUUUUCAAAGGUGUCCCCUGAAUCACCACCCUGUGAGAGCGAACUGUUGUCUGCAAACACUGGAGACUUUUAUCACAAGCUGCCCAACCAGUUACUUGAAAUAAACCAAGAAUUACUUCAGUCUGGAAUCAUUUCCAUCCCUGGGACCAGAGACCGUAAUGGGAGGGCAGUGGUGCAGGUGUGCACCAGAAGUGCAUUCUGGUCAAAGGAACAGUCCUCAAGCAGUGAGCUCACCCACCUUUUGAUGUACUUCUACAGCAUCCCCAGGAAGGAAGUACGAGAUUUGGGACUAGUCAUCUUAGUGGACGCACGGAAAUACCAACCUGUUCCUGCUCUCUUCAGAGCUUUCACAACAUUACAGAAUUCUGCACCUCAAUCUAUUCAUAGCAUUCUGCUUCUGGUGGAUAAAGAAUCAGCAUUCAGGCCUGAAAAGGACAUGACACUGCAGCAGUGUGAGGUUCUGACCUCCCUGAAGGCCCUGCAUAAGCUCAUUGACAGCACUCAGCUGACAGCAGAGUUUGAUGGGACCUUUCCCUACAACCACAGUGACUGGAUCCGUUUCCGAAGGAAACUGGAACCAUUUGCUACAAACUGCAAAGAAGCCAUUACUUUUCUGCAGAAUUCUGUCUGUUCCUUGAACACAAACAGGACUCUAAGUACAGUACAAGAGGUUGUAGAACUAAUCAACAAACAUAAGACAAUGAUGAAGCUUGUUCUGGAAGACGUCCUUCUGGUAACUCUCCGCUUAGAAGGUGGCACAGUCUUGGCCAGGCUCCGGAAGGAAGACUUCUGUGUGACUGAAGAUUACAGAGAUGCCAUGGAAGCUAUCACCAGACUAUAUAAUCAAGUAGAUGAAGAGGUCCACAGACUAGUCCUGUCAUCUAAUAAGUGCCUUCAGCAGCUGGAGAACCUGCAGGAAUUAAGAAAGCUUGAGGAGGGGUGUAACCAGAUUAAAUUAUGGUUUGAAAAUGAACGAGAAAAAUAUCUUGGCCCUUUGGAGUUGCUUUCUCUGGAGAACGUGAAGAAAAAGCAAGAAGAAUUUCGGAUCUUUAGUGACAUGGUGAUGCAAUAUUGUAGGAAAGGACUACAACUGAUGAAAGAUAAUAACUCACCAAACAUAGAAGAAAAAAUUCAGAACUUCAAAAGAUACCUGAAUGACAUCAUCAGUCAAACAGAAAGAAGGAAAGGGGAGCUGGAGAAGUUGGCCAAUCUCUAUGAAUUUUAUGAGACGGCAAACGGAUGGAUGCUCCAUUGCAAUGAGUACCUUGAACAUCUCUCUCUGGAGACUAAUUAUUCUCCAUCAGUGAUAGAGUAUUUAAAAAGCUACCAUCAAGAAGCUACUAAAGUAUCUGCUGAAAACUUCCACAAAGUGAAUGAGAUGGUGCUGGGCCUUGGUAGCAAGAAGGAACAGAAACAGUGGAAUAUUUUGUGGCUGAAGUGUCAGCAGACCAAGCAUCGUUUAGAAGAGGUCCUCUCUGAAGCCAUUAGAGGCUCUGGCAGACAGUCUUUCAGCCAGGGUCCCCUGGAGGUUAGUCCAAAAGUGGACCACGAGUUUGUCAUUGAGGGUCUGCAGAAACAUGUCCAGUCUCCCGGACUUCCUCUUACUAACCUUGAUAGUAGCCUUUGGGACAAGAAUAGGCUGCUGUUCCCCCAGCGAGCUAGCUUCUCUGGAACACAGGCUCUUUUAGAGCAAGAGGGGCAAAGUUCAGGUAUGUUUACUCCUCUUAGCACAUCGCCCUCACCAAGUCUUACUCCACAGUUGGAGGGGCUCCCCAGGACUCCUCUCUUGGAGGAGAUGGACAACAUCUCUACGUGCUACUCUGAACCCAUUCAGUCCCCAACCACCCGCCACAGGAAACACCCCUUCAAGAAGAUCAUGAAGAAGACCCAAAGUUUUGAACUCCCUCAGCUCGACAGCAGUCCUACUGAGUCACACCGGCACGGAUACACUGGAGUUUACAUAAAAGGACUGGAGGUAGCUAGCAGUGUGGCCACUGAGAAAAAACAUGGGCAAAAGCCAAAUGUCAAGAGUCCUCUAGUCAGUAGGAACCGAAGCUUGUCAUCUCCUUCCAGGAUCCAUCAUACUGAGGAGGAAAGAAAGAGAAUAGGAAGCAAUAAAGUGCAACAUAUAAUGGAUGAAAUGAUCACCACUGAAAGGGAAUAUGUUAGAUCCUUAGGAUAUAUCAUCGACAACUAUUUUCCAGAAAUGGAAAGAAUGGACCUGCCCCAGGACUUGCGAGGGAAGCGCAACAUAAUCUUUGGGAACCUGGAGAAGCUCUAUGAUUUCCACUGUCAGUAUUUUCUAAAAGAGCUGGAACACUGCAGAGACUACCCCUUGCCUGUCAGCCACUGUUUUCUGAGACAUGAAGAACAAUUUGGGAUGUAUGCACUAUACAGCAAAAACAAACCACAGUCCGAUGCUUUGCUUAUCAGCCACGGGAAUGCCUUCUUUAAAAACAAGCAGCAAGACCUCGGCGAUAAGAUGGACCUAGCCUCCUACCUGCUUAAACCAAUCCAGAGGAUGAGCAAGUAUGCCCUGCUGCUAAAGGACAUGAUCAAAGAAUGCACUAAGACUCAGGAGCAGGAGCUUAGUGACCUGCGAGCUGCCGAGGAGAUGGUCAAAUUCCAGCUUCGCCAUGGGAACGACUUGCUGGCCAUGGAUGCCAUCCGGGGCUGUGACGUGAAUUUGAAAGAACAAGGGCAGCUGAGAUGUCAGGAUGAAUUUAUUGUUUGUUGUGGAAGGAAAAAAUAUCUGAGACAUGUCUUCCUUUUUGAGGAUCUUAUCUUGUUUAGCAAGACCAAGAAGAUUGAUGGGGGAUAUGAUAUUUACAUGUACAAACAGUCAUUCAAGACUGCUGAAAUUGGAAUGACAGAGAAUGUUGGAGACAGUGGUCUGAGGUUUGAGAUCUGGUUCCGAAGAAGGCGGAAAUCCCAGGAUACAUACAUCCUUCAAGCAAGUUCAGCAGAAGUGAAAAUUGCUUGGACAAAUAUCAUAGGGAAAAUCCUAUGGAGACAAGCUCUGAGGAACAGAGAACUCAGAAUGCAAGAAAUGGUAUCUAUGGGAAUAGGCAACAAACCAUUCAUGGAUAUCAAACCCAGCGAUGCAGCAAUAAGUGACCGGGCAAUAGAUUAUAUCAUGAAGGGAACAGAGUCAAGAUCUAGAGCAUCUAUAGCUGUAUCUUCAUUUGAUCACUCAACACCCUUCAAAAGGCCCCACUCUACCAUCUCCAACAGCAGCACCUCUUCUUCAAGCAGCCAGUCCUCAUCUUCAAUUUUGGGGUCACUAAACCUGCAUGUUUAUUCUAGUCCAUCUUAUUCAGGUUUGCUAAGCCCUCCCUUCUAUCACUGGACUUAUGACAUUAAAACUUGUAUCGAGGAAGAUGAGCUAGAACAGGAAACAGGAAGUCAGCCAUCAAUGAUCACCGAGAGUUCUGAGUCAUCGCAGUGUACCUCUGGUGAGAGCAUCAGUGGCUUUAGCAGCUCGGCCCACCCUGGGUUGUCUCAGCUUCUUCCAGACACAUUUUCAGAUGAAAGUGCUUCAAAUCCUGGUUCCAAACCUCCCUCCCAGUGCACAUCUCCAGCUCUCCCUGGGAAGAAUUCUAGGUUGAAGCAUGAUAGUAAUCAGUAUAUUACAACAUACUCUCUUCCCUUCCCCUAUCCACCUACUUGGACCACCCAGCCUUUUCAAGUGAUGACUUCUCCACAGCUGUUAAAGAACACAGUUUUCACAACAGAUGCUCCAAUACUAGAUGGAGAAGGCUGUGAAGCAGCGGGAGAGUCCAGUCUACAUGCUCCCAUUCAGGGAUUCCCCUCAGAAAAUCCUACAUCCUGCUUCCUCUAGUCAUCUGAUCCCAGAAAGCGGGAAGAGUUCCACUUAGGAAGCUGUGAUUAAUCUGAACUUGGUGACAUUUGCCACACAAAAACCAUCUCUACUCUUUGGAUCUGGACACAGGAAUGUACAUUUCAAGAAGAAAACUAGGAGUACAUGUCUGCUACAACACAAUGUCAGGAGGAAAAGGAUCAAGGGAGGGCCACAUCUGAUGGACCAACAGUCCCUACAUUACAAGGACCAGUAGAGCUGCUCAUUCCCUAGAAGUCACCUCUUCUUUGAUGAUCUCUCCAACUUACUCCUGUGCUUAAACACUCACUUCACCCCAGCUUGACUCCCUUUCUACUCCCUGACUUUGCUCCCAUGUGUCAGGGAGAAGAUUAAAGAGCCUUUAGACUCAACCCCACCUCAGACUGACUGAAUGUGGGCUUGCCACCCAAAGAAAGACAACCAGCCCUUCAGGAUGGAGGUAAAGGAACCCGAGUAGCACUGAUAAGUCACCAGGGAGACAGAAACGUUGCUUUAACAAAAAGACCCAGCCUCCUCCUUUAUUUUGAAGGGCACAUAAAGUCAGCCUUCAGGAUUGUGUGGAACAAAGAUAUUUUAAACACAAAGAUCAGGACUCGGUCCCAGCUGGUGAUGCUGUUGUUCCUGCACCAUCCAUUUACUCACCCUUCUGCAUCUUUCAAAUAAUGAUGGGUUUGGGUUUUGGUAAAGGGCUUUUAAAUUUCAUGUUUUAAAUGUUUUGUUAGUAGUACACCUAACCUGCAGAGCCAAAACAUGGGCUAAAUUCUGGCUGAAAGAAUGGGUACCUGAGGUGUGGUUGCCAUCGAGUUAAGGGAGCAGAGAUUGGCCCUAAAAAUGUGUUUGUGCACAUACCUGUGUGCCUGUCUGUGUGAAUGUUAAGAACUUUAAGUCUUUUCUUUCUUUUCUAACAAACUGUAUGUAAAUAACUUAGGGGGUAUAUUGGAAGUUACAGUCAACUCCCGAUUAUCCGCACCUUGGGAAGGAAGCCACAAAAUCAGGCCAAUGUUAUAAUUUCCCUUGGCCAGUUUUCCUACUAAGCCAAAAUAACAGUGUCAUGCUCCCAACAAUCCAUGCUUGGAGAAUCUCAAGUUGACUGUACUUGGUACUUUGCAAUCCUGUCAAGAUAGGCAACCCUAAGGAGUGAGCUAACUUCUGAACAAAAGCAAAAAAGGUGCAAACAGCUGGAAGCUUUUGUAAAUAGUGCUUUGGGGCCUCACUUUUAAAAUUCCCAUAACUAGGACAUGGUCUUACCUUUUAAACGUAGUAGUAUCUUCUACAAAGGUCCAUAGAGACGAUGUGUAUAGAUAGAAAUGUACGGACCAUUUUAGAAAAGGAUAAUGAUUUUAGUAAUGGUUUUUAAAAAGAAUUUUCAACCACUUUUUCAGAGAUCAAAUAUAAAAACGUUUCGUUAUCUGUCAGCUGUUGAUAACAGUUUACUUUUGUUACUUUGUUUCAAUACAGGCUUGUUUAAUACUUUAA